AAUACUAUUUCUUGGUUUUUGAAUGGAACUGUGGAAAUCAAUUGCGCCCCGGUGGAAACUAACAACAAUCUGAAUGCCAAUUUUUAUGUAAAAUUUUUCGCAAGGAGCCUUAUAGGUUGACAUAUUUAUUGAACAUGGGCUGAAAACACAAACAACUUCCUGAGGCACGCAAGCAAUAACCCAGCAGUCUUCUGGAAACAAGAUUAAAUUUCACUCAGAACAAAAGCACUAGUUUUUGGGCGUUUUAUAAUCCACUCAUUACAGAAGAAACACUAGGCUCUUUGAUUGCGGAACAAAGUGCGCGAGACAAAAGUAAAGAUUUCAAUGUCCACGGGAAAUGCUGUUAUCUAUUUACGAAUCUCGAAAUAGGUAAGUCAUCUACAUAUGAAUGUAUUUUGACAGGUUUUUGGCUAUUAAGGAAAUAAUGUGACGAAUUCGCUAACGUCAAAGAAGAGCACACCUGGUGAUCAUACAGGAAAAAAAUAAAAGAAAACCACAUCGCCUUUAGCACCAUUGUUACAAAGAAAACCUAUCGAUAUCACGGAAUCCUUACUGCGAGUAAUUCACUUGCGGGAGAAGAUCUCGGCAUGGAGGGAAUUUCAACGAAUAUCUCCUCCUUGCUUGGCAAUCCCAAUCACACUACGACAGAAACCUGUGAUGAAACUUUACAGAAGAUUUUUUGGGUCGUAAAUGGCGUCUUGGCUUUGAUCAUUUUUGCGGGAAACACUCUAACUUGUGUGAUCUUUCUGUCCACUACGAUUCUUCGACAACAGAUCAUGAACAUCUUCCUUGUCAGCUUAGCAGUUAGUGAUAUUCUCAUGGCCAUUAUGGUCGUCCCAGGUUACACCGUAUUCUGCGCGGGCUGUAAGUACCUCUCCACGGACACUUGCUGGAUUCUAGCGCAGACCAAAGACAUCGUGUUCAGUUCGUCCUUUUUCAGCCUAUUAGCCAUCACGUACGAUAGAUAUUUGGCGGUGUUACGCCCUUUGCAGUACAGCAGCAAAAUGACUAGAACCAAAGUCACUUGUAUGGUGAUAGCCAUUUGGGUUAUUCCUGCUCUCGUUGCCACCGCAAGAAAUAUAUGGUGGCAGACGCAAGAGGAAGAAAAAGCUAAGGUUAUCAAUCAGGUUUAUAACGUAAUACUAGUUUUUCUCCUCGUUGUGUUACCAGCUAUUAUAAUGACCGUUGUCAACUCGAUGAUUAUUCGCGCCAUUCGGACGCAGCGAAGGAAAACGAUUCCCAUGAGAGACUCAUUAAGCUCGACCUCGACCGUUCAGGAAUCUUCAUGUGAGGAAACACGCGCUGCAAGUGUUAGAAAACGAAAAGGAACCAGUGCAUGUGCUGCAGUUGUUUUAGUGUUUGUGUUGUCAUGGGUUCCCCGCUCAAUCUACAACUUCGCUUUUGUGGUUGGUCGUGCUGAUCUGGUCACUCCCCUUCUGGUAAAACUGUCCAUGUUUUUUCUUCUUUUGCAGUCAUGCGUGAAUCCUUUCAUUUACUCAUUUUACAGGACGGAUUUUCGGCAGGCCGCUAAACGACUGUUUAAAUUUUGCCAUUAAGGAAAAGGCCGCAUACGUGUAAUCUAUCUCAAGAGACCGUUCAACUUGUGGGUGGCCAUGUUUUUUUUGCCUCUUUUUAAAUUUCUUUUUCAUUUUUCUGAUCAAAGAAAACAAGCUGUUCAUUUCGAUUUCAGCUGCUUGUGUUUUCUAAGUUGCAGAACCAAGAGAGUUCUGACCGAGCAUAUUUGGGAUGUGGGGAAAAGUUAACGAUCUACUCCUUGUUAUAGAUUGACUUGUUAAUAAGUCUAUAAUCUUUUUCGCAGAUUUAUUAUAAACUUAGAACAUUAUUUACAUAAACGACUCAAAUUUCCGCCGAUUGCAUGGCUGUAUUUGUAAUGUCUUAACAAUCAGAUGUAGAGAGCGAUAGUAUUAGAUACGAAAUUUGUUUAUUAAGCACCGAAUUGCACAGUUUUGAUCAAGCAGUCAGCCGUUUGGUUGCCCUUUGGGUUGCUGCUGAAGCGUUAGAGACGUAAAAAAAUUUGCGCUGAAGGAGCUGACCAUCUUUGACUUUUCUUUGAGUCAUUGAAAUCUGUUGGGAAUGAAGAAAACUUAUUGAGGGUACAAGAACACCAAAGAUCGAGGGUUACGGAUGAAGAAGAUUAAGGCUUCCUAAAAAUG